AUGAGGGCAGCUGCACGUCUCCUCGCCAGCGUCAAGCCCGGCCAGUUCCUCGAGGCCGGCACCCCCACCGGUCUCACAGGUCUUCUCACCCACCCGUCGCCGCGCUCUGCACUGCUCUACCACUACCACUCAACCCUCGACAAGCUCAAGAAGAUUCCCGAAUCCUCUGUAUACCGCCAAUCCACUGAGGCCCUUACCAAGCACCGCCUAGCCGUCAUCGAGCAGUCUAAGCCAGCGGGAUGGGACGAGUGGCAGCAAAAGAUCGCGCUGCAAGUUAGCGAGGACCCGACCAGAUACCAGGUCAUCGACACAUCAGCCGGCCAGACUAUUGUAUUUCCAAACCAGGCCGAGGUUGACGAGCGGUCAAAGGCAGCCGAAUGGGAUGGCGAGGCCAUGGAGACCUUCCCCGAGGGCAUUCGGUCUUCGAAAGAGCGAUUGCCCCAUGCCAAGAAGAUGAAGGGCGACGUCAACUACACACCUGAGCGGGCAGUCAACAACACCAAGUUUGAUCCUGAGCCACAAUACACUGCCGAAGCUAUCUCGGAUCUUGAGAGCAGACUCGGCGCGGGUUUGAUUGAGGAGGUUAUUCAGGUCGCUGAGGGCGAGCACAAGCUCGUAGACGUCAUGACCGAAUCCAAGGUUUGGGAGCCACUCGAGGAGCCGGCGCCAGAAGGCCAAUGGAGCUACUUCGAGCGCAUGACACACACAAAGACCCAAAAGCCAUAG